CAUCGUGUCUAAAUGUUCGUACAUCAUGACAUAAUCUAUUAUGUUUGACAGUUUGAUGGUUCGGUGGCUGUUUGUCACAUAUAAUGUUAAAUGCACAGAAGUGUUAAGCUUUCACGGUAGAUAGCGAUAAAACGUAGCUUAGAUCACUUUGGAAUAUUGUUUCGCUUCCGUUGAUAUUAAUUGAUAUUACAACCAUCGAAGUGAGAAGAGAAAGUACUGGCCGCUUGACGCUUUGUGCACUCGACGACUGUGUGGAUUUCUAAUUUACACAAAUGGCAACGAAUACGUCGGAGGGUAACAAAUAUAUUUACCACUUGCCGUUUCUAGAACGAUCGGAGCUUUGCAAAAUACUGAAUCAAAAUGACAAGUGGGAAGAACUAGCUGGUAAUUGGAUGAAGUACGACGUCUUAACAAUACAGAACCUACGAAGGGAGAAGAAUCCUACCGAUGAGCUUUUGACGCUGUGGGGCCAUUACAAUCAUACAAUAACAGAACUGUUCGUCCUACUGGCCAGAAUGCAUCACUAUCAGUCGAUGAUUCCCCUGCUGCCUUUCGUGGAACCAAAGUUCCACCGACUCUUGCAUAGUGGGGAGGGUAACAUGCAGAGAUUGCUGCAGAAACAGCAAGGCAACAGGAACACGAAAGAUCUGAAGAUCGGGGCGCAGAAUUUCAACGAGUGCGCCCAGCCACAGCCGAACAUUCCGAAAGUCGUCGCGGAUGAAAAGGAGCAUUGUAAGAUCUUAAAUCAGCCAAUGGCGCAAUUAGCCAUUAAUCGAAGCGAUUCGAAUAACUUGCUCGUGGCUUCACCGGCGGCCGCUGCCUUCUCACCGUCUCGACAGAACACCGGUAGUACCGGCAAGAAGAUGAACGAACCGCCGUUACCAAAGACUGAAGCUACCUUGCCUCGUGUGACUUACAGCGAACUAGGCAUCGCCACUAAUGGGUGGAAUAAAUACAAUAUACUAGGGAAGGGCGGCUUCGGGACGGUAUACACAGGUACUUGGAAGAACACCGACGUGGCGAUAAAGAGGAUCGAACGGAAGGGACGGAACAGUUCCGAGAGAGAGAGGGAGGGUUACAUGGUGCAGCUGCAGCAGUCCCUCGUAGAAAUCAAAAUUCUAGAUUCUCGCGCCCAUGAGAACAUCUUGCCUUUGUACGCGUAUAGUUUCGACGGCGAGGCGCCGUGUUUGGUCUAUCAGUUGAUGAGAAACGGAUCCUUGGAGGACAGAUUGCUGGUCAGGGAGAAGACUAAACCGCUCACGUGGAUACAAAGGCACGAGAUCGCCAAAGGUAUGGCGCGCGGAUUGCAAUAUCUGCAUACGAUCGGCGAGAAGCCGUUAAUUCACGGCGACAUCAAGAGCGCCAAUAUUUUGUUGGAUAAGAAUUUCGAGCCGAAAAUCGGCGACUUCGGCUUGGCGCGAGAGGGCCCCGAGAACGACAGCGACAGUAAUAUGCAGGUCAGCAGAAUCAAUGGGACGCGGCCGUAUUUGCCCGAAGAUUUUUUGUUUGACAAGAAGUUAUCCACAAAAAUAGACACGUAUAGCUAUGGGAUAGUAUUAUUCGAGAUAGCGACGGGUCUCCGGGCUUACGAUGAUUCGCGCCCCGAGAACAAAUACCUGCGGGAUUUUAUUUUCUCUUGGCAAGACAAAGAUCUUCCUCUUCUAAUAGACAAGAAAGCCGGUGGAAAGGACAGUCAGGUUUAUGGAAACUUAAUAGUCUUGGGAAAAUGGUGUGCUCAGCGAUACGCGCAAGAUCGGCCGGAAAUGGAACUUGUUUUCCGGAAAUUGAACGAUUUGUAAACAUUUCCAUAAUCGCAGUGCAUCGUGUCUCUUUGACGGGAUUGACUGUGUUUGAAUUUACAAGCCCAAAUUAAGUUAAUAUGGGAUCAAAUAAGAGAAACACCGAAGUUUGUGAUACAAUAAACCACAAGUGCAACUGAUUGAAAAAAAAACAUAUUUUGUAAUUAUAUUAUAUUGUAGUUAUAUUUUUGUAAUAUAAUACGUGUAUGUAUAUAUGUCAAGAAAUAGCCGCAUACAAACACAUUUAUUAUUGUUAUAUUGUAAUCA